AUGGGAGGGGCAGUGAUCGACGAGGGCCCGACCGGCAUCAAGGCCCCGGAUGGGGGCUGGGGCUGGGCCAUCCUUUGGGGCUGUUUCGUCAUCACGGGCUUCUCCUACGCCUUCCCCAAGGCGGUCAGCGUCUUCUUCAAGGAACUCAUGAGGGAGUUUGGGAUAGGCUACAGUGACACGGCCUGGAUCUCCUCCAUCCUGCUGGCCAUGCUCUACGGCACAGGCCCACUCUGCAGCGUGUGUGUGAAUCGCUUUGGCUGCCGGCCAGUCAUGCUUGCAGGCGGCCUCUUGGCAUCCCUGGGCAUGGUGUCUGCGUCCUUCUGUGGAAGCAUCAUCCAGCUCUACCUCACCACAGGGGUCCUUACUGGCUUGGGUUUGGCACUCAACUUCCAGCCCUCACUCAUCAUGCUCAACCGCUACUUCAACAAGCGGCGCCCCAUGGCCAACGGGCUGGCGGCAGCAGGCAGCCCAGUGUUCCUGUGCGCCCUGUCCCCGCUGGGGCAGGUGCUACAGGACCACUACGGCUGGCGGGGCGGCUUCCUCAUCCUGGGUGGCCUGCUGCUCAACUGCUGCGUGUGUGCUGCGCUCAUGCGGCCCCUGGAGGCACCCCGGCAGAGCUUGGGUUCAGGGCCUGCACCCCAGCGGCCGCCUCGGCGGCUAUUGGACCUGAGCGUCUUCAGGGACCGUGGCUUCGUCAUCUACGCCCUGGCUGCCUCCAUCAUGGUGCUGGGGCUCUUUGUACCACCCGUGUUUGUGGUUAGCUACGCCAAGGACCUGGGGGUGCCCGACACAAAGGCGGCCUUCCUGCUCACCAUCCUGGGCUUCAUCGACAUCUUUGCGAGGCCCACCGCUGGCUUCAUCACGGGGCUCAAGAAGGUGCGGCCCUACUCUGUCUACCUCUUCAGCUUUGCCAUGUUCUUCAAUGGCUUCACCGACCUCACAGGGUCCACGGCCAGUGACUAUGGUGGGUUGGUGGUCUUCUGCAUCUUCUUCGGCAUCUCCUAUGGCAUGGUGGGGGCCCUGCAGUUUGAGGUGCUCAUGGCCAUCGUGGGCACCCAGAAGUUCUCCAGUGCCAUUGGCCUCGUGCUGCUGCUGGAGGCCAUAGCGGUGCUCAUUGGGCCGCCGUCUGGAGGCAAGCUCCUGGACGCGACGCACAUCUACCAGUAUGUGUUUAUCCUGGCGGGGGCCGAGGUGCUGGCCUCCUCCCUUGUGCUGGUGCUGGGUAACUUCUUCUGCAUUAGGAAGAGGCCCGAGACGGCCAUGGAGGAGGAGCGCCACAAGCCCCCAGAGGAUGUGAAGGUGGACUCCCGGGAGGUGGAGCAGUUCCUGAAGACGGAGCCUGAGAAGAACGGGGAGGUGGUUCACACCCCGGAAACGAGCGUCUGA